CUCCCGGCCAGCGCCGGCUCCCGCUCUCCGCGCGGUUCCUCGUGAGCGCGGCGGGCGGCGGGCGGCCUCCGAAGCAGGUCGGGCGGGGCAGUGCGCGCACACACACAGGCGGGGCACGGCUGCCCUGCCAGGACCCGCGGGCCCGGAAACUCGCUGUCACAAAAGGGGGAACACGUGGGUGCCGACUGCCCCAGCGGCGGUCGCCGAGAACCGGGGUCGCCAGAGGACCGCCUACCAUCUCCACCCGCCUACUUCUCUGCUCGGGUUUCCCCACCUGUUCAGCUGCGGCCGGCGCUCGGCUGCGAGGUGGAUUCCCAGCUCAGUCAGACCACCUCCUGCCAGUUUCUCGACCUCGUUCGGACCCCCACCUGAAUAUGUCCAUCCUCUACGUGUCCCCUCAUCCAGAUGCUUUCCCCAGCCUCCGAGCCCUCAUAGCCGCCCGCUAUGGGGAGGCCGGGGAGGGUCCUGGGUGGGGAGGCGCUCAUCCCCGCAUCUGUCUCCAGCCACCCCCGACCAGCCGGACUCCCCUUCCCCCACCUCGCCUUCCCGCCCUGGAGCAGGGCCCGGGUGGCCUUUGGGUGUGGGGGGCCACGGCUGUGGCUCAGCUGCUGUGGCCAGCAGGCCUGGGGGGCCCCGGGGGUAGCAGGGCAGCUGUCCUAGUCCAACAGUGGGUCAACUAUGCCGACACGGAGCUAAUACCAGCAGCCUGUGGGGCAACUCUACCAGCCCUAGGACUCCGAAGCCCAGCCCAGGACCCCCAGGCUGCGCUGGGGGCCCUGGGCAAGGCCCUUAGCCCCUUAGAGGAGUGGCUUCGGGUACACACCUUCCUGGCUGGAGAUGCUCCUACUCUGGCUGACCUGGCUGCUGUGACAGCCUUGCUGCUACCUUUCCGAUAUGUCCUAGACCCCUCUGCACGCCGGAUCUGGGGUAAUGUGACUCGCUGGUUUAUCACUUGUGUCCGGCAACCAGAGUUCCGGGCUGUGCUGGGAGAAGUGGUUCUGUACUCAGGGACCAGGUCUCUCUUUCAACAGCCAUGCCCUGAGUUUCCUGCAGCCCCAAAGACAGCAGCUCAGCUCAAGAAAGAGGCAAAGAAACGCGAGAAGCUAGAGAAAUUCCAGCAGAAGCAGAAGAUCCAGCAGCAGCAACCACCGCCCGGGGAGCAGAAGAAACCAAAACCAGAGAAGAAGGAGAAGCGGGAUCCUGGGGUCAUUACCUAUGACCUCCCAACUCCACCUGGGGAAAAGAAAGAUGUCAGUGGCACCAUGCCUGACUCCUACAGUCCCCAGUAUGUGGAGGCUGCCUGGUACCCAUGGUGGGAGCAGCAGGGCUUCUUCAAGCCAGAGUAUGGACGUCCUAACGUGUCAGCGCCAAAUCCCCGAGGAGUCUUCAUGAUGUGCAUCCCACCCCCCAACGUGACAGGCUCCCUGCACCUGGGCCACGCGCUCACCAACGCCAUCCAGGACUCCCUGACUCGAUGGCACCGCAUGCGUGGAGAGACCACCCUGUGGAAUCCAGGCUGUGACCAUGCAGGCAUCGCCACCCAGGUGGUUGUGGAAAAGAAACUGUGGCGGGAGAGGGGACUGAGCCGGCACCAGCUGGGCCGGGAGGCCUUUCUUCAGGAGGUCUGGAAGUGGAAGGAGGAGAAAGGUGACCGGAUUUACCACCAGCUAAAGAAGCUCGGCAGCUCCUUGGACUGGGAUAGAGCCUGUUUCACUAUGGACCCUAAAUUGUCAGCGGCUGUGACUGAGGCUUUUGUCCGGCUUCAUGAAGAAGGAGUAAUCUACCGCAGCACCCGUCUGGUCAACUGGUCCUGCACCUUGAACUCCGCCAUUUCUGACAUUGAGGUGGAUAAGAAGGAGCUGGCAGGUCGCACCCUGCUCACUGUACCUGGCUACAAGGAGAAAGUGGAGUUCGGGGUUCUUGUGUCCUUUGCUUAUAAAGUGCAAGGCUCAGACAGCAAUGAGGAGGUGGUAGUGGCAACAACUCGGAUUGAGACCAUGCUAGGAGAUGUGGCUGUUGCUGUGCACCCUAAAGAUCCCAGAUACCAGCACCUGAAGGGGAAGAGUGUGAUCCAUCCAUUCCUAUCUCGGAGCCUCCCCAUUGUCUUUGAUGACUUUGUGGACAUGGAGUUUGGCACAGGUGCGGUGAAGAUCACCCCUGCACAUGACCAGAAUGACUAUGAAGUUGGGCAGCGGCAUGGGCUGGAGGCCAUCAGCAUCAUGGACUCCCACGGGGCCCUUGUCAAUGUGCCCCCACCUUUCCUGGGCCUGCCCAGGUUUGAGGCCAGAAAGGCAGUGCUGGAGGCACUGAAGGAGCAGGGACUGUUCCGUGCCAUCAAAGACAACCCCAUGGUGGUGCCACUUUGCAACCGCUCCAAGGAUGUGCUGGAACCUCUGCUGAAGCCACAGUGGUAUGUGCGCUGUGGGGAGAUGGCCCAGGCUGCCAGUGCUGCCGUGACCCGGGGUGACCUCCGCAUACUUCCUGAGGCCCAUCAACGGACAUGGCAUUCCUGGAUGGACAAUAUCCGGGACUGGUGCAUUUCCCGGCAGCUGUGGUGGGGCCAUCGCAUUCCAGCCUACUUUAUCACUGUCAAUGACCCAGCAGUACCCCCUGGGGAGGACCCUGAUGAGCGGUACUGGGUGAGUGGACGCAGUGAGGCAGAGGCCCGAGAGAAGGCAGCUAAAGAGUUUGGAGUGUCCCCUGACAAGAUCAGCCUCCAGCAAGAUGAGGAUGUAUUGGACACCUGGUUCUCUUCUGGCCUCUUCCCCUUCUCCAUCUUUGGCUGGCCCAAACAGUCAGAAGACCUCAGUGUGUUCUACCCGGGGACACUGCUGGAGACAGGACACGAUAUUCUCUUCUUCUGGGUGGCCCGGAUGGUCAUGCUUGGCCUGAAGCUCACCGGCAGGCUACCCUUCAGAGAGGUCUACCUGCAUGCCAUUGUGCGUGAUGCUCAUGGCCGGAAGAUGAGCAAGUCUCUAGGCAAUGUCAUCGACCCCCUGGAUGUCAUCCAUGGAGUCUCCCUACAGGGCCUCCAUGACCAGUUACUGAACAGCAACCUGGAUCUCAGUGAGGUGGAGAAGGCUAAAGAAGGGCAGAAAGCUGACUUCCCAGCAGGGAUUCCUGAGUGUGGUACCGAUGCCCUCCGGUUUGGACUCUGUGCUUACACAUCCCAGG